AUGAAUAAGUGCAUGAUAUUUUAUGAGUUGAAAGGAGGAAAGAAGCGAGUUACAUGCAAGCGAAUUGAAAAGUUGUGUAACAAGAAGGAGAAUGAGAACAAAUGUCAUCAAAUACAUUCAUUCAGAUCUGUCAUCGACAAAAGAGUCUUAGAAAGUUUUAUUGAAGAACAAGAAGAAGUACUUUAUGCUGGUUUUCUUCGAGGAGGAAAUAACUGA